GCAGCCGCAGCCUCUCUGUAUGCACUGCAGUCAGUGUGACAGAAACAAAGAAUUAAAAAUACACGGAUGCGAGAUCAAAAAGUUGAACGCAGCUGAUAUGAACCGGGCUCAAACGUGCAAAAAAAAAAGAAAAAUGAUUAGACUGGAUUUAUUUAUUGUGGUAUUUUUAUAUAAAGUUAUGUUAUGAAAAUCUCACCCUGAUCCUCCAUGAUCCUUGCUGCCACAGUUAAAUAUUUAACUUAUUCUAAUAAAUCAGGAUAAAUAUUUAUUCGAUGUGUGAUGCAUCAAUAAAGCCACAACGCUCUACUGGUUUUUGUCACCAAGCCAGGUGAACAGAGAACUGUAACAGCUUCAAAAACAUCCUGUUUCAUCUAAUCGAGGCUUACGUCUGCAUUGUUUUUACAAGUAUGUUUUUAUAACAAUAAUGAACUACAGGGCAUUCAUGCAAAUGUUCAAAUUUAAAACAGGAGAGAAUACCAAAUCAACCACUAUUAAUAAAUAAAACCCUAGUUUUUACUAACAAAAAUAAAUGCUACACUGGCAGUUUUUGCAAAGUAGUAACCGCAUCCCAAAAAUACAAAAACAAGAGACACAAACACAGAGGGAGGGUGUCAACACCCCCCCUAAAGAGGCCCCGACUGCAGGCAGGAGUUAUCAGAUGUAGGAGGAAGCCUGAGCAUCAAGGUUAGACCAGUACAGCCCAAUAUGAUGAAAUUAGACAUGAAAAAACAAAAACAAACCAAAAACACUAAAGCAGAAGUAGUAAAAGAAAACAGCGAACACAAAGAAAGAGGAAGCUGCUGAUUAUUCUACAAUAAGUCUUCAGAGCUGGAGCAAAAUAACCAGAAUUACUUGAUUCGAAGCCACCAUCUCUUUAAAGAAGAAACUGAAGGAAGUAAGUCUACGAAAACCAGCAAUGGGCGAGGAGCAGCGCAAAGACAGAUAUGUGGAAGGUAGGGUAACCAAAACGUACGGUAAUGAAUUCUACACGGCUGUCAUGAAUGAGAACGUCAGAGGAAUUGAAGAGAUGGUGAGGAAAUAUGGGAGCAACUGUCAGAUUGAGAUACAGGAAGGUGCAUCUGGAGCAUUCUGGAAGGGCUCCGUCUGUCCCCUUCACCUGGCUGCUGCCUUCAGAAGAGCACGGAGCAUUCAGAGUUUGCUGUCAGCAGGAGCUGAUGCAGACUUUAAAGACCAGCUCGGUCGGAUUCCACUACAUCUGGUCAUCAUCAACUGGCCGACUGCCUUAAUGACCCGGAAAAAACCUUCCUCCAAGUACUGGAGCUCUAUGCUGAGAGAAAGCAGGCAGGCUGAGGCCUGCUUACGGCUCCUCUGUGAUCAUGGAGCUAAUGUCAACACACGGAUGGAUGAAAAAGGUCAGCCAACGGCUCUUCAUGUCUCGGUACGUUACAAAGCCCUGCCUGCUGUCUCCAUCCUGAUCAGCUAUGGUGCUGAUGUAAACGCUGUUGACAGCAGAGGGAUGACGCCGCUGCACAUGGCGGCAGGGAUCCUCCAUCAGGAAAUCACAGCAAGGUUGAUUCAUCAGGGAGCUGAUGUGAACACGAGGAUGCAGCAGUCUGGGAACACUCCUCUGCAUAUUGCCGUAGUUGCUGUGAUGACAAAGAGCACUAAAAUCCUGGAGGAGGACAUCAGCUGCAUCUCUGAGCUGUUGGAGCAUGGAGCGAAUGCAAACACCAUAAACAAGGCGGGGAUGUCACCAUUGCAUCAAGCAUGCAGCCUUGGCAAUGAGGAGCUGCUGGAUCUGCUGCUAAGAUACGGAGCUAGCGUCAAUAAAGUGAGCGGAGCAGGCGAGAGCUGUCUGUUUCUGUUUCUGGACCAGCGACCUAAUCUGAGGAACAACUCUCUCCUGAUGAAACUGCUUAGUCUGAGCUCCCCGCUCACAGUCUGCAACCAGAACGGCUGCUUACCUUCAACCUUAAAUCAGCAAUGUUUCCUCAAACAGAGAGAACAACUGUUCAACCUAACUCAGCAGCCAAAGACGCUUCACGAUAUUUGCAAAAUAUCAGAUCUAUCUGAAAUAUAUCAGAGGACGACAGAAAGAACUUCAAAAAAUCCUUCCUGAAAGCUUGUAUGCUUUUGUCUUUAACCAGUGGGAGAUCAUAAACCUUUCCUUUGUGGUCGACUGAAAUUGAUUUCCUCAAAAAAUAAAAUCAUCUAUAGGAAUGUGAUCUCCUGCUUAUCCAGAAUCCUUUCCUCAGAGAGCUCAAGCAUUAUUUAUAGGAAGCAAAAUCAUCUUUACAGCUUCAACUCAUUGAAGGAAUACAGUAAAUAACUCUGUACGCAAAAUAAAACAUGUUUGCUUGAUCUGUUUGCACCUUUUUGUUCUCUAAAAGAGCCAACUUAUUAUCAACUGUCACAGAUCCCCCAGCCUCACAGUAGUGCCUGUAGAAGACCCAGAUUUGGAUCCAGAACCAGGAGACCACAGAGGCCAUCUGAACUCAGACCCACCAACAGCCUUUGCUAAGCUUAUCUAAGCUUUAGAGAAGCUGCAGUUUUCCAAAACGGAGAUCAACAUAGUGUGAUCAUUUCCUGCGUUUACUGUUGUUUAAAGGAUGCUAGGUGGUAGGGCAGGACGAUAAACCGGUGUUCUGUCAGCUCAGCAUACCGCAUCAGGCCAGCAUACCCAUAAUAAUACACACGUGCACGCCUAUUACUGCACAAAGUCACAACCGCAUGGAAGAGCCAUCAGAUCACCAUACCCUUCAAAAAACACCAAAAAGUAGUCAUUAAUUAGUUUUUUUUUUGGACACGAGUAAAAAGGAUAGUUUAAAGUGUAUUUAUCGUAAUAAGCUUAAGAGAUACUCACGCGUUGAGGUAGCUUAAAGUUUAUUUAGAGAAGGGUCUACUGCCAUCUACUAAACGCGUCCCAUACUAAACACACGUCCCGCCCCGCUAAUGGAUGAUACUGAUUUGGACAUUACGUCAUCUCGGAUCCAGAGGCUUGGCAGAGAAGAAGGAAGAUUAAUUUAUGUGAAUCAAACAUGAGCAAGAUGCCUGCUAGUAACUUGGCCCAUAAAAAAGUUAGAGUAAUCUUGUUCAAUGUUGGGAUUAAAGGAGUAGAUCAUUCCAUGAUCAAAUUGCUGUACUAUUUUACCAAGUAUUUUAUUUUCUUAUAUCAUAUCAUUUUCCAGGCAUUUCUAAGUUAAUUCAAUAAAACAGCAUGAUUGGCUGUAAGGAGAGCGGAGACAGAG